AUCAACCAUCAACCAUGGUUUCCAGUUCAUCGUUCAAUCAACCAACCAACCACCCCUCAUUCACUUCACGCAGGUCUGCUGGGACAUGUCGUCGGCGCGACAAACGAAUCUAAUUCGCACACUCUACCUCUCAUCCAUCCUCCGCCAAUCGCGUUCCUUCUUCGACACGCACAACGCCGGGGAGCUAUCCACACGUUUAACCUCCGACAUCGAGCUGAUCCAGAACGGCACCGGCGAAAAAGUCGGUUUGUUCAUGCAGGCGUCCUGCACGUUGGUCGCGGCGAUCGUGAUUGCGUUCAUCCAGAGCUGGAAAGUGACGCUUGUGUUGGGAUGUCUGUUCCCGUUUAUGGGCGCCAUCAAUGUUGUUUGUAAUCGGUGGGCCGCCAAGAACGGGAUCGCGGCGUUGACUGCUUAUGCGGAAGCUAACUCCGUGGUUGAAGAAGCCCUGUCCGCCAUCCGGACGUUGAUGAGUCUGAACGGGCAGAAAAGAUCUAGUAGGGAGUUUGUGAACCGGUUGGAGCCGGCGGAGAAGUUGGGCGUGGCCAAGGCGAAGGCUCAGGGGUUGGGACUUGCGGGUGUGCAGGCGUUUAUGUACUUGGCGUACUCUAUUGCGUUCUUCUAUGGUGCGUAUCUGAUUCAGCAGGGGCAGCUUACACCGGGGAAGCUUGUUGCUGUCUACUUUGCCUUGAUGAUUGGGACCAUGAGAAUGAGCAGCGUAGCCCCCGAACUCGCGGCCUUCAGCAACGCCUGCGCGGCCGCCUUCGCCAUCUUUACCCUCAUCGACGCCGAACCCCAAAUCGCCAAACCGCGCUCCCCCACCACCCCCCCAACCACCAUUCCCACCUUCAACGGCGCAAUAAACUUCCAAAACGUCACAUUCACCUACCCCUCCCGGCCAACCGUCAAAGCCCUCGACAACUUCACCCUCCAAAUCCAACCGGGAAAAACAACCGCCUUCGUGGGCGCCAGCGGAUCCGGAAAGUCAACCAUCAUCGCCCUCGUCGAACGCGGAUACGAACCCACAGAGGGCACAAUCACCGCCUCCACCACCACCGAACUCCGCGAUUUGGACCACGCAUGGUGGCGCAACCAAAUCGGUAUCGUCUCCCAAGAGCCCUCUCUCUUUGACAUGUCGAUCGCCGAAAACAUCGCACUCGGCGCGCCUGAGGGUUCACCGCCGCCUACCCAGCAGCAGAUAGAGGAGGCGUGUAAGUUGGCGAAUGCGCAUGCGUUCAUUGAGAAGCUGCCGGAGGGGUAUAAUACGGUUGUUGGGGACCGCGGGGCGUUGAUGAGUGGAGGCCAGAAGCAGAGGAUAUGCAUUGCGAGGGCGCUUGUGAGGAAUCCGAAGGUUUUGUUGCUUGAUGAGGCGACUAGUGCAUUGGAUAGCAACUCCGAACGCCUCGUCCAAUCCGCCCUCGAACGCGCCUCACUGGGCCGCACGACCCUCGUCGUUGCCCACCGUCUCAGCACCGUGCGCACCGCCGACACCAUCGUCGUCAUGAACCAGGGCAAAAUCGUCGAGAUCGGCGACCACAAUUCGCUUAUUGAGGCUGAUGGCGUGUAUAGGAAGUUGGUGGAUAUGCAGCAGAUUGGGCAUGAGGAUGAGGAGGGGGGACCGGAGGGAUCAGAGGUGUCUGAUGAGGGAAUCCCGGCGUCCGAGUCGCAGCGGACGGUUACAUCCGCGCCACACCGUCGCGCAUCGACCACCACGACCGAAAAAAGGAAAUCUAUCGAUAUCAAACUCCACGACACCCCCACCGAAAAACCCUCCUCCGACGAAGCCGAAGAACCCACCUCCCCUUUCAAAUACCUCACCCGGAUGGCCUCAACCCUCUCCGGCCGCUCGCGCACUCGUCAACCCACUUCAGACGUCGAGCUCGGUCAACCCGCCGGUAAAGACGAAAAACCCCCCACCCGAUUCUUCAGACGGUUGUUGAUGAUCCACCGCCCCGAAUGGAACUUGCUUGCGCUCGGCGUGGCGAGCGCGGUGUUGAGUGGCGCGAUAUACCCGGUUUAUGCGAUCAUGUAUGGGUAUAUUUUGGAGGUUUUCACGUUGUUGGAUUUGGAUGAGAUGCGCCGCGAAGCCAACCGCUGGGCCGCAGGCUACAUAGUCGUCGCCGUCGCCGCCGGUCUCGGCAACUUUGGCGUCUCCUACCUCUUCGGGAAAAUCGGCGAGCGGGUCACCACGCGGCUCCGCACCCUCCUCUUCGACGCGAUGCUCCGUCAGGAAGUCGGGUGGUUCGACCGCGAUGAGAAUCGGACCGGGUCGCUUGUAAGCCGGAUUGCGAUCGAUACGGCGAGGGUGAAUGUGCUGGUCGGCACGGUGAUGGGGACGCUUGUGCAGCUGUUGGUGAAUGUGGUGGGGGGGUUGGUGGUGGGGUUUACGGCGAGUUGGAAGGUGACGGUGGUUACGAUGGGGUUGAUCCCGAUUUUGAUCUUUGCUGGAGCAAUGCAAAUCGCCUCCAUAAAAGGCUUCGGCGCCGCCACCCAAAAAGCCUACCAACGCGCGGCCUCCGUCGCCGUGCAAGCGAUGCAAAACCACACCACCGUGCAAUGCCUUGGGCGCGAAGAUACCUUCCUGGCAAAGUACAACCAGGCCCUCGAGGAGCCCAUCCGCGCGUCGCACCGCCAGGCGUUUUUCACGGGGGUUGGGUAUGCUGCGAGCAAUGGGUUGGGGUUCUUGGGCAACGCGCUUGCGUUUUGGUGGGGUGGGACGCUGUUUGCGGAUGGGGAGAUUGAUAUGAGGAGGAUGUUUACGGUUAUGAUGGCUACUGUUUUUGGGUCGAUGGCUAUGGGGAGAGCAAGCGCAUUCGCCGGCGACAUAUCCAAAGCCAAAUUCGCCGGCAAGGAAAUCAUCAAAAUCAUCGACCGCAAGACGCUGAUCGACGUCACCGGCCACGACAACCGACCCACCGCCGACUCCAACUCGCCGCACUCGGAGCUCAGAGUCCCCGAGAUGACCGAACCCAAGCGCAUCCCAGCCAGCACCCUCCCCACCCUGCACAUCGCCUUCAAAGACAUCUGGUUCGCCUACCCCACGCGCCCCACCCAAGCCGUCCUCCGCGGCCUCAACCUCGAGAUCAAACCGGGCACAACCGUCGCGCUCGUCGGAGCCUCAGGCAACGGGAAAUCAACCAUCGUGCAGCUCCUCGAACGCUUCUACGAUGUCCAGAAGGGGCAGGUCCUCAUCGACGGCGUACCGCUCACCUCCCUCGAUCUCGAAGACUGGCGUGAGCAGAUCGGAUACGUCGGGCAGGAACCCGUCCUCUUCGACGCCACCAUCCUGGAAAACAUCGCGUACGGGUCGCCCAAGUAUCGACGCGCCCAGCAGACGCAGGACGCCAAAUUGUUCGACCCGACCGCGACGCCCGCGGAACGUCUGGCGGUGGCCGGGAUCUCGCAGGAGGACAUCGUGAGGGCCGCGAAGGAUGCGAACAUAUAUGAUUUCGUGAGCAGGUUGCCGAUGGGGUUUGAGACGAGGGUGGGGAAUCGCGGGGCCCAUUUGUCGGGCGGUCAAAAACAACGCAUUGCGAUAGCCCGCGCCCUCAUCCGGCACCCCCGCGUCCUCCUCCUCGACGAAGCGACCUCAGCCCUCGACGCAACGUCCGAAAAAGUUGUUCAAGAAGCCCUCGACAAAGCCGCAAAGGGGCGCACGACCAUCGCUAUCGCUCAUCGCCUCUCGUCCAUCAAGGCAGCCGACUGCAUCUACGUGUUUAAGGAGGGAAUGGUUGCGGAGCAGGGAACGCAUUUGGAGCUGAUUAAGAUGAGGGGGUUGUAUUAUCAGAUGGUUGUGCAGCAGGAUUUGGGGGGUGGGGAGAUGUGAGGAGAAGUUUUUUUUUUGGGAGGGGACUGACGCUUUUUUUUGCUCGUAGUUUGCGGUUACCAUUCAGUUGUACAUGUACAUAAUAUAUCCG